AUGCGACGUCGUGUUCUUACUACUUCUUGUAAUACUACCCCUGAAGUUCCUCGACUUGUUCUUCUUAUUGACUCUCACUUUAUGCAGAUGCACCCAUUGAAAUACAAUGGCAAGGAUUUGAUAAAGAGCAAACAUGCAAUUGUUUCCGAUUUUAGUAUGGAAGGUCAUGCUUGUUGCCGGCAGCUUUGGAGGAGGUACCCUCGGCAGUCAUACCUCGGCUGGGAGACGGACCGGCAUCGGCCGCUUCGGCAUGCGCCGAUUCAGCGUUCAUCUGACGACGAUGCUCGUUGA